AUUUAGUAAAGAUUUUUUUUUCUCUGCAUUUAUUUCUCGUUCACACUCCGGUCCAGUUGGUGGCGGAAGUGCACCUUUAAAUUGGUUUGCCAACCGCCAACAAACCAUAAAGAUAAAGAAGGAGAAAUACUUUCGCUUCAGGUUUUCGUUCACGGAAAGCAUUUCUUCUACUGAGUGAGUGUAACUUUAUGGCCAAAUACAUGAGGCCCCCAAACACGUCUUUGUUCGUCAGAAACAUUUCCGAUGAGUCCAGAAAAUGUAAAAGCAUCCAGUUGUGGAACCGGCCACAAAGAGUAACAAAGACCCGUGUAGAGUAGCUGUAAAGACAAGUCACACAGACCUUCAGGAUCAGAGGGAGGGAAAAGGUUGAAAAGAGAAAGUAAAGCAUGAAGAGGAAAAGGGAACGGAGACAAAGCUUGGAUAUGGCGGCAAAGAAUUGGGAAAAGAAAAGAGUUUUAAGAGGAAAAGGCAAGCAGGAAACCCAAGUCUCUGUGGGAGUCGAUUAAAGAGUGUAAAGAUCAAGAUGAAGUUCAAAGUCAAGCAUGGGCAAAGCAUAUUUGAGGAUGUGCGUGAUGCAGAAGAUGCUCUUCACAGCCUGGACAGGAAGUGGGUUUGUGGCCGGCAGAUUGAAAUCCAGUUCGCCCAGGGUGACCGAAAGACACCAAAUCAGAUGAAGUCAAAGGAAAGGCAUUCCCCAGGCAGGUCAUCUCGAUACGACGACUACGAUCGAGACAGCCGGCGCAGACGAUCGCGCAGUCGCAGCUAUGACAGAUACAGGUCGCGCAGCCCGUCUUAUGAUCGCCAUCGCAGGCGAUCCGAGAGUCCUCGAGAGUCUCGGGGACGAGGGUAUGGAGGAAGAAGCAGGAGCCGUGAGGAUGAAAGGUACAGGCCGAGGCCUCGGAGAGAGUCCAGAGGAAGAUCUCGUUCUCGCUCAAAAUCUGCAUCUCCACGAGAAAACGCCAACCCAGCAACGACUUCCCAUUACACCGAGGAAGAAGUACGACGGACACACUCCCCGUCCCGCUCCAGGUCCCGGUCUGCAUCAAGAUCACGCUCUCGUUCGCGUUCUCGGUCCCGAUCCUGGGCUGGACGCAAGUCAGGCGGACGCUAGAAUAGUACCUGCUCCCCCUGCUAUCCGUCUGUCAGAUGCACCAGAGCGGGUUCAUUUGACAAGAAAUGUUUGUUUUGACAUGAAUGUAACGUCCACUGAACCAUUUGUAGAAAACUAGAAACCAUUUGUAGAAAGCAGCUUUUUGCAGCUCUAUUUUAAGAACAAUGGUGGUCCUUUGCUUGGUUUUAUAAAAUGUUAUUGAUGAGAUUUUCCUGAUUUUAGAAAGAUGAAACAGUCAGUGGCGGUUUCUGUGUUCAGUGGUAGUCAGUCAGGAAUAAUUGUCUUUUUUUAUAUAUAUAUAUAUAUAUAUAUACGGUUAUUGAUAGGUUUUGUUUUCUAAACCCUAUGCACCCAUUUUUUGCAAAGAAAAGAACAUUCAGUAUUUAAAAAAUGAAUCCAGUCUGUUGACCAAACCAGCGUUUUCUGUGUGCUUUAUCGCAUUUAACAAAUCAAUGUACUUUUUACUCUACUGCUGACAAGAUUUUUCUUCCUUUCUUUUAGACACAGGUGUCGAAAUGCAUGUGCAAAAACAUGUCAGUGAACAUUGAGAUGAUCAUUAACCUUUUAUAGUCAAAGUAGCAGACUGAAUUGAAAAAAAGCAAACUUUGACAUUGAAGUUUUAGUCUCUGCAAGACUGGUCUGAGUUGGAAAAGGAUCAGCAGUAGUGUCAAGUAUUAGUAUUAAGGCAAAAAUACUCAGAAACGUUGCUCUGGUCCUGAAGUGUCAGUAAAACAUUGACAAGCUGAAAAAAAUGUACAUUAAUCUGUUUUAAUUUUGUGGUGUUUUCUGUAAGAUUUCCAAAAGUAUUUUAUUUUCCAAACAAUUCUCCAAAUGUUGGUUGAGGAGGAACUGAAGUUGCUUGUUGGUGUUUACCUGACUGUGUUGGUUUAUUCAGAAUGAAUCGUGUCACUGCAUGUGCUAUUCUCUAAUCUUCUAUCUUUAGUAGGAAUAAACUGUUAUUUUCAGUAAUAAAUGUCUAACUUUCAGUAUAAGGAAA